GCGAUGACAGAGGGUACGGAAAUGAAGCUGAAGGUUGCUAAUCUAGGGUGUAAACGCUGCUACAAGAAGAUCAAGAAACUGCUCUGUAAAUUUCCUGAAAUACGAGACCAGACUUUCAAUGAGAAGGAAGACACCGUGAUAAUCAAAGUAGUAUGCUGCUGCCCUGAGAAAAUCAGAACGAAGCUUAUCUGCGAAGGUGGCUGUCUCAUUGUGAGUAUCGAGGUUAUACUACCGCCACCUCCACCUCCACCGCCACCGCCACCGCCACCUCCACCUCCACCUCCACCUCCACCGCCACCGCCACCUCCACCUCCACCGGCACCUCCACCGCCAGUGUAUUUAGUAGUCAUCUAUCCAAGUGGGUGUUGCUGUGACAGACGCUAUGGUUGCCGUUGUGAAAUCGUUAUUGAAGAAAAUCCGACAUGCACCAUCAUGUGAAUCAUACUCCAUCGUGGUUGUCGUUGUCUGGUGUUUUUAAUUCCUUUUCUCAGUUGGGUGUUGAGUCGGUGAUCAGUUCUUUUGGGUUCUUUUCUCGUCCACAACAUCAAGGCUGUAUAGGCCAAUAAUGUUUGUGGACUAAUAGAUGUUGAUUUCAUCCUUAGAUGCUUAUAAUUCACUUAAAAAAGAUUAUCAAAAGCACCUUUUGUAAGGGCCCUUUUGAAG